GAGAAGCUGUAAGCGGCAGACUGAAAUGUCAGUAAAACCAAACCCACAGGCCUCAACAGUAUUUAAGUAUCAUCCUGGUCACUGUAUCAUGUCUUUUGUUGCACACACACUACUGAGAUGGGCUCAUGGAAAAGAAUAUCUAAUAUCUGAAGUCUGACAGACAUUUGUAUCCAGCCAUGGGUGACUGGUCUUACCUUUCCUCACUACUAGACAGGGUUCAAUCUCACUCCACUGUGGUGGGUAAAAUCUGGAUGAGUGUCCUCUUCCUCUUCAGGAUCUUUGUCCUGGGUGCUGCUGCGGACAAAGUCUGGGGAGAUGAAGUGUCAGAGUUCUACUGUGACAGCUUGGAACCAGGAUGUCAACACGCCUGCUACAACUGGAUGUUCCCAAUGUCCUACAUUCAUUACUGGGUCCUACAAAUCACUUUUGUGGCCACCCCAACCCUGGUCUACCUGGGUCAUGCUGUCCACAUCAUCCACAAAGAGAAGAGGAUGAUGGAGCAGCUGCAAGACAGCACUGACAUAACUUUAAUGAGGAAGCCAAAGUAUACAGAUGACAGAGGGAAGGUUAAGAUAAAAGGCAUCCUCUUUUGCACUUACAUGACCCAGCUGGUCUUUAAGAUCUUCCUGGAGGUGGGAUUCGGUGUGGGCCAGUUCUACAUAUUUGGCCCCAUAAACAUGGUCUCCUACUUUCACUGUACUAUGUCUCCACCUUGUGCCCGUUACAGCGGUGCCCAGUGUUACAUUUCUCGUCCCACAGAGAAGACAAUCUUCAUCAUCUUCAUGCUUGCUGUUUCAGGCAUUUCAGUGCUCCUCAACAUCAUUGAGAUGAUCUACCUGCUCUGUAACAAGAGGAGAGACACAAGGAAACAGCUUCUAGCUCAGCAGCAGUGCCCAUCCAACACAGCAUGGAGGACCAUGAGCAGCCAGUAUAAAGGCUUCCCACUGUCACCUCUGCCUGCUCAGGGCCUGGCAGGCCUCUGCAAUGAUGACAAACAUACUGACUGAUAUGGAUGUUUCCUUUUAAUAUUUUGUCAGUAGCUGUAUGGUGUGAAAUGUUCUGAAUUUAAUUAUCAAUAUCGAUAAUAAUACGAAUUAACCACCUAGCAUUGAUUGUGUUUUCCUUUACCAUCUCAAGUGAAUGAAGGAAUUAAAAAAAUCUUUAAAAUACUGCACUUUGAUUGGUCAAUAACCACAGCCCCACUGUGUCAUAAAUGCUAAGCGGAGGCUUCACACUUCCAAUGAUGGACUGAACUUGGAAGAAUUAUGUAUACCAUAUUAGUAUGUGUUGUGCAGUCGCUUGUUACAUUGAGAUUAGAAUAGAAUAAACUCAACUGUCCCAACAAUUUGGACACAGGGCUACAGUGUUGCUUCACAAAAGCAAACAAAAACAAAUCAGAAAACCAUCACAAAAUUAACAUGAAACAUCUCCUGGGUGUAUAUCUGUAUGUAUAUACACUUUAUAUGUGGUUUUAUUUGAUUUUAUUUAUUUUACAUGUUGUUCUGCUAUAAAUGUAAUUAUCUUUUUCUAUGAGUGUAGCAUUAAGUGAUUGCAAACUUUUAUGUCUUUGUAGAACCUUGUGUUGUGUGCCGUCCCAUAAAAUAACAAAAUAGCAAAUUAAGUUGUCAGGACUCGCAAAUAAAUAUAAUAAACACUUUUUAUGUUACACAGGAGACUGCAAGUUGAAAUAGGUGAUAUUACAAAAAAUGUGUUCUCUCCAGUCUGUUGGUCAAUUGUACGAUCUUGGAUAAUCCCAGGAUCUGAAGCUAAGCUAUGCAUAUAAAUAAUAACAAAAGGAAGAAACCAGGAGAUAUAGUCAAGGAAGUUAUAUCUCAUCUGCAACAAGAACAGAGUUCAUAUUUACAGAUUUAUACAGAUGAAUCAAAGUGGCAUUUGGAGUAAACAUUCCUGAAUUAAUAAUUAAAAAUGGACAUAGAAUUUCAGAUCAGAUGUCAGUAGUGGCAGCAGAGAUGCUGGCAAUAUUAUGGUAUA